AUGCCUGGUUCUACCGUCACCCAGGCCGGUGGCCGCGACGCCGCCCCGCGCCACAGCGCCAUUGAUCGUGUAUCCAACAUGAACGUGGAUGGCGCUUCGGACCGCCCCUCUGGAUCUCGCCGUGGAUCUGAGGCCGGUUCCCAGCGUGGCUCUCAGGGUGGUAGCCAGCGUGGCUCCCAGGCCGGCUCGCCUCCCAAGGGCUCUGCCCCGAAGGCUUCGACCACCGCUGGUGAUCAGCGCGCCUAUCCCAAGCCUCUCGGAUACGACCCCGGUCGUGAUCGCCCCCCUAUGACCGAGGCUGAGCUCAUCGGCAAGCGCGUCGAUCUCCCUGCUGAUGCCUACAACACUGGCAAGGACGAUUCCCGCUUCACCGCUCGCCCGGGCUUCAACACUUCGGGCAAGGAGGUCAAGGUGCAGCUCAACACCUUCCCUGUUGUUGGCUGGAAGGAUCAGGACAUCAUUCAGUAUGAUCUUUCCGUCAGCCCGAACCCCAAGGACUCGCGAGCCUUGAUCAAGAAGGUUUGGAACUCUCGAGCGGUCACACAGUUCCUCGAGAAGAACGGCGGCACUUGGCUCUUUGACGGCAACAAGCUGGCUUGGUCCUCCGCCAAAAUCCCACGUGGCGAGAUGCGCAUCACUGUUGAUCUCGACAAUGAGGCCGGCAAGACCAACAAGCUCGUUGGCAACAAGGGCGUCUACUACCUCCAUGGAAAGCAGACCAACGUCGUUCGCCUGGCCUAUCUGAAGACCUACCUUGAAGGCAAGAUCCCCUGGGACAGUCACGUCCUGGAAUGCAUGAACUUCUUCGACCACUGCAUGCGACAUUACCCUGCCUCGACCAUGCAGAGCAUCCGCCGCAACUUCUACGCUCCUGAAGUUAGCGAGUUUGCUCUGUCCAACCACUGUGUCGCACAGAAGGGAUACUAUUCUGCCAUCCGUCUGGGUGAGUCGAUCAAGACCGGCGGAACUGGUCUCAGCAUCAAUGUGGAUGUCGCCAACACCGCCUUCUGGGCCAUCAACGAUCUGGCCAACACCUCCCUGCGUAUCCUCAACGCAUACAAUCCUCAGUGGAAGAACUCCAACUUCAUCGAUCUGGUCAAGAUUCUUCGACCGGUGAAGGCGAAGGACAAGGCCGGCAACCCUGUCUGGAUCCAGUCAGACGGGUUCAGACAUCUGCGACGAAUCUACAAGCUGAGAUUCGUGGUCAACCACCGUGGCAAGCUUGGCGACCCCAAGGUCUACACUGUCGGCAAACUCCUCUUCGAUCAGAAGUAUGGCGAGGAGGGUGCCCAUUCCAAGGCUGUUUUCUUCAACAAGAGACAGAAAGAUGGCACCACCAAGAACGUCAGCGUCUGGCAGUACUUCUGGGAGACCUACCACCUUCGCCUUCAGUACCCCAGCCUCCCUAUCAUGGAGAGCACUCGUGGCGCAUUGUUCCCGCUUGAGGUCUGCAACGUGUCUAAGUACCAGCGGUACUCCUUCAAGCUAUCUCCAGACGAGACUGCGCAGAUGAUCAAGUUUGCGGUCACUCGUCCGGACCAACGCAAGAAGGAUAUCCUGUCUGGCAUAGCGCACCUCGGUUUCAGCAAGGACCCGAACCUUGCUGCGUUCGGCAUCAAGAUCCAGGAACAGAUGACGGUCACCAGCGCCCGCGUCCUUCCCAACCCCGAGAUCACGUACGCCAACCAGAAGGUCAACCCUGGAGUGUCUGGUCGCUGGGAUCUUCGUGGCAAAAGAUUCCUCGAGCCCAACGCGAAGAAGCUCGUCUCUUGGGCAUUCGUCGGCUGCGGCGACGCUUGUACCAAGCAGGGCUUGGAGGCUUUCGCCAGCAAGUUCCAGCAGGCGUACCGCACCCACGGUGGAGUGAUUGAGAAGCCCGCUGUCACAAUGAUGCUUCCUUUCAGCAUGGGUGAUUACGGUACCAUGGUCGAGGCCGCGUGGUCUCGAACUGGCUCGCAGAACAAGGCAUUUCCUCAGAUCCUCUUCUUCGUCGUCCCCAACAAGAACCAGCUUGUAUACGACCGUAUCAAGAAGAGCAUGGACUGCCGAUGGAACGUUGUUUCUCAGGUUCUCCAGGGAGCCCACGUCGAGAAGUGUCAAGCUCAGUACAUGAGCAACGUGGCGAUGAAGGUCAACGCCAAACUGGGUGGUGUCACUUGCAAGGUUGCUGGACCCAACGCCACAACCCCUCCAUUCUUCCGAGUUCCGACAAUGAUGAUCGGCCUGGAUGUCUCUCACGCUUCGCCCGGUAGUAGUGCUCCAUCGAUAGCAGCGAUGACAGUCUCUACCGACAAGCACGCGACGAGAUAUGCUGCCGCCUGCGAGACCAACGGCUGGAGGGUCGAGAUUGCUACCGGCACCACAAUGCACACCCUCUUCCCUCGCCUUCUGAAGUACUGGAUCGACACCAACAAGUGCUUUCCCCAGCACGUCUACUUCCUUCGCGAUGGCUGUGCUGAAGGUCAGUUCCAGCAGGUCAUCGAGCGAGAACUCAAGGAGAUCAAGAGAAUGUUCCGCGAGGCGAACGCUCCGGCUCCGCCCAAGUUCACUGUGAUUGUUGCCACCAAGCGACAUCACAUUCGCUUCUUUCCCAAGCCUGGUGACAAGGCCAGCGGCGACCGAAACAACAACCCCCUUCCCGGCACUCUUGUUGAGCACGACGCCACUCACCCUCAUCACUGGGACUUCUACCUUUGUUCUCAUGUGGCCAUUCAGGGUACCGCUCGCCCUGUUCACUACCAGGUCAUCUAUGAUGACGCUCAGUGCAAGCCGGAUCACCUUCAGGCCAUGCUCUACCACCAGUGCUACCAGUACUGCCGUUCUACAACUCCGGUGUCUCUUCACCCGGCAGUCUACUACUCGCACUUGGCCUCUCAGCGUGCUCGUUGCCACGAGAACAUCGCCUCCAGCCAGCGCGAGCUGCCCAUUCUGAAGGAGGGUUUCCCAUUUGGAAAGCAGGACUCGGAGGUCUACUCUGGUGCCAAGCCCCUCGAGGCUCCUCCCCUGGUUCCCAUGAUGAACCCCAAGCAGCCUGGUGACAUCGUCGCCUUCAUGAACACUACCAUGUGGUACGUCUAA